CAGUCCACUCUCUUCGGUCUCUUCCGUUUGAAUUGGGGAGCUUGGGUGCUUGUUCUCUCUCGAGGAGCUAAGGUCGUAAAGAAUCGACAACUUGCACCAAUUUUUAAGUUCCAUCUGAUUCUCAGAGACAAAAUUUAAACAUAAAAAAUGACGACCGAAGCCGAGCUCGCUUGCGUUUACUCCGCUUUGAUACUCGUCGACGACGAUAUCGCUGUAACCGGCGAGAAAAUACAAACAAUUCUGAAAGCAGCAAAUGUAAAUGUCGAUUCUUAUUGGCCCGGGCUUUUUGCCAAGGCUUUAGAAGGCAUAAAUGUUAAGGAAUUGAUUACCAAUAUUGGAUCUGGUGUUGGAGCUGCACCUGCAGGAGCAGGUGCUCCUGCUGCUGCAGCACCUGCCAGCACUGAGGCUGCUCCAGCCAAAGAGGAAAAGAAGAAGGAGGAACCAGAAGAAGAGUCGGACGAUGACAUGGGCUUUGGUUUAUUCGACUAAGCUUAAGGAUCGCAUUGGUCCAUUCCUUUUAUAUAUGUACAGUUACAUUGUACAAUAAACAAUGAAACAAUUCGACAA